UGUGCAAACGGAACGGCAAAACAGAAAAAUUAAAAAUCAUCCUGUUGGCUCGAAAGAUCAGUAAGGAGAAGAUGAGGCUGCCUGUUAUUCUACCAAAUGUUGUAUCUAAGUUUUAGCCAUGUAAUUGUUUUAAUAUAGUGUGAGACUGUGAGUGUCCCGUUUUCUUUUACUUCUCGGUGGCCCAAUAGAGGUGUUAGACCUACCUAUGGUGUCCCGAACCACACGUGGUUAAAAUUAAGCAGUCAAGUCAAGAAAAUGUUCGAAACAGCCCAGGAUUCCCAGAUCAAAUCGUGCUAGAAGUGAAUCAUGGGUUAUUUCGCCUGGAUAGUUUAAAAUCUCCAUGUUGAAAAAGAAGUGAGCUAGUACUACCUCUGGAUGUAUUGUUCACUUUGCUUUAUCGAACCAAAGUCACCCCCAGCACUCAUCUCAAAUAAAACAAUAAGUGUUUGAAAUGCCUGUGCUAAUGAAGAAGUAGUGCUAAAGAAUAAGUUCUUAAUGAAGUGAACUCUAAACAUUCAGUGUCAACAACUACCUACAUUUACUGCCAGACACUAAACGUUUUACCUGAAAAAGCAAGAAUCUCAAUCUCGAAAUUAUAUGGGAAUCAACUUGGAUCAUAGUUUCACAUCAGCAAACAUAAUAUAACUGUUGACAGGAAUGAUCAGAAGAAACAGUCAGAAAGAAGAACAUCGACGUUGGUGUAAAUCUUCUGCAACAAGAUAAUAAUUGAGCUCUCAGAAUAUUUGGGUUACGACCGAUAAAGGCGCAAGUACCGGUUCAUUGCAAGAAGCGUCUUUGCGAAGGAACUGGCAGCCAGGAAGAAAUUGACGGUGGCGAAUAAACUUAAUGCCUUGGAGGGCCGUAACAUCGAUUCUCUAACAGUUUCUUGCUGUAUUGGUGCUUCAAGUUGUGACGCGCACUUUCUUGACUUAUGCCUUAUGGCUAUUCUCGCCUUAUUAUGAUGAUUGGAUUCGCUAUCAAGAAGGAAAGCGUGGUCCAGUCCAACAGCCACAAAAAAGCUGGAACGGUCGCUGGACAGAAAAAGUGCAACAUUUUUCCGUCGGCUGUUGUCAACAGAAUCCUAGUCUAUCCUCGAGUACACGUGCCCCAGUUAUGAGCCGCUGGGAACCUUCUACUACACCUAAUACGCGAAGAGGACGGACUUAUCGCAGCGUUAUCAAGGACUGGUGGAGUUUUUGUUGGCGACAACAAGAUUUCACGUUUCAUUUCAUGUGCGCUGCAAAACAGUAUCAAGAUAGCCCUAGGUCCGCAGCUACGAGUUGAGUCUAGCUACUUUCUCCUCUUUAAUCAACACGCUUUCACAACGGCUUCUGCAACCGAAGAAAGUCGUAGCAUUUCGCAAACAAGAGGCCGCAAAUCCUGGCUGCUCUGGCAGCUGCUUUCAGCGCAUUUGUGAUGGGCACUACAUUUGGAUGGUCGUCACCCGUUCAGCCACAAUUGCAACAGAAUUCUACCUUGAACACUGUGGUUGAUCAGAACAGCACUUGGUACAUCGACCUGGAUGACGAUCAAAUGUCUUGGGUAGGUUCACUAAUCAACAUCGGAGCUUCCGUUGGAGCCAUUUGCGGAGGUUAUCUGAUGGACAGGUUUGGACGCGUCUUUGUUUUGAUGGCCGUGUCAAUCCCUUUUUUCACAGGAUGGCUCUUCAUCGUCUUGGCCGUCGAUCCUUUGAUGCUCUACGUUGGACGUUUGUUGGGAGGACUGGCUGCCGGUAUCUGUUGCGCUGUGGCACCUUGUUAUAUUGGAGAAAUUUCUAUACCUGAUAUUCGAGGAACCGUUGGCUACUUUUUUUCAACCAACAUUGGACUGGGCAUUUUAUUCACUCAGAUACUUGGACUAGGUCUAGAUUGGCGAUUCAUUUCCGGUGUGUGUGCCAUCACUCCACUUGUACUUUUCGCUCUUUUAUAUUUUGUUCCGGAAUCUCCCUACUUUCUCGUCAAAAACAACAAGAUAGAUAAGGCUGCCAAAAGCUUACAAUGGCUCCGAGGAAAUCUGUUUAAUGUGGAGGCUGAACUGGCUCAGAUUAAAUCGCGAGUAAUUGAGGACAAAACUCAACAACUAAACUUGAGGGACUUCUUAAGACCAUGGGCGUACAAACCUAUUUUGAUAGGAAUUGCCGUAAUGGUUUUCCAACAGUUUUCCGGUCUCAACGCAGCCCUGUUUUACUCCGUCGAAAUCCUUCAAGUGGCCGGAAGCAAUUUAGACGCUCUGGUGUCCGCUGUUGUUGUCAUCAUUACGUUGCUCAUAGGAAACUUUCUCGGAGCUGUGGUGGUUGGUCGUCUCGGUCGCCGGCCUCUGUUUAUGAUUUCUGAAGCGAUAGCUUGUCUUUCGAUGUGUGUUCUUGGAUCCUACUUUUACAUCCUCACCAACGAUCCGGAAGCUGCCAAACCCUUGGCUUGGUUGCCAUUGACAUCUUUAAUUGUUUUCAUUUCCGGAAUCGGCAUGGGACUAGGACCCCUUCCUUGGAUAAUCUCCAGUGAGGUCCUACCUGCCAAAAUCCGUGGACAGGGCAGUUCUAUUGCUGCUUUGGCCAAUUUUGGACUAUCGUUUAUCGUCACGAAAACUUUCAUCGAUAUCCAAAGAGCAGUGACACCGGCAGGUGCCUUUUGGUUCUACGGCGGUUUCUGCCUGUUAGGUAUCCUCUUUGCCCUAUUCCUUUUACCCGAAACCAAAGACAAGACCUCUGAACAAAUUGAAGCAUUCUUCGUGACUCCCAAUCACAACGUUGAAUAGCAUAAAAAAUUAAUUUUCUCCCACAAAAUUCGAUACUCAGUUAUGUCAGUGAAUCACGAUUGAACUAUAUUUUUGCUGCGACAGGCCUUGCGAAAGAGAUUUAUCCAACAAUAGAGAAUGCUGAUGCAAUAAAGUCUAAAUCACAUUUUAA